AUGAACGGUCAUAAUGAGAAUAAUGGAACAUCCCCGUCUGCUACAGAGCCGAUGAGGUCUCGAGUACAAGCAAUUUACUCUGUAGAAUCGUCGCGAACACUUGAGCGCUUUGUCCGUCAAUAUUUGCAGCUUUAUGCGAGAAUUGACUAUCCAGAUGGAAACGAAUUGAAGCCUGACUUCGUACAGCAAUGGUUGUUUACUCACCUCUUUUCUAGAGAGUGCAACCGCAAGCACCCAGUUCGAUAUAAGCUUCGAGUCUUGAAAGAGUUAAUGAACAGAAUUGAAUCCUGCAUUGAUGAUUGGAAUGUUGAAGGCCUAUCUGACAAUCUCAUGGAUGUCCUUGGCGAUCUAUACAGUUCAGACAUGGCCACCUAUCUUAAUUCCUCAUUUGAGAGGUCUGAUAUCAUGUAUACGCUGUCAAAUCUCAGGGCCGAAUUCCUUCAUUCCGAUCCACCUCAUUAUUGCUCCAAUUUAUUCAAUCCGCCAUUGCUUUUCAGGGUACCAACUAUAACAAUUUGUGAGCCGAGUACAAUUCUAGCAACGGAUGGCUCUACAGGGGUUCGAACAUGGGAGGCAGCCUUACAUAUAGGAGACUAUCUCUGUUCACAUCCAGAGAUCAUAAGAGAUAAACGGGUACUUGAGCUUGGUAGCGGUACUGCAUACUUGUCUAUACUUUGCGCUCGUUAUCUUGGAGCUACGUUCACUUUUGCGACCGAUGGCUGUCCUGUCGCCAUCUCAACGCAUGAUUCCAACUUUCAACUAAAUAAUCUUCAUCCAGGUAGGAUAAGGAGUCAGCAACUUUUAUGGGAGGAACACCCUGGUGAUAGGUAUCUUUUCCCAGAAUUACAAAGGGGUGAGACUAUUGAUGUAAUCCUUGGUGCAGAUAUCAUUUAUGAAAUUCAGGGAAUAAUUGCACUUGUCAUGAUGCUUUCAGUACUUUUGGGAUAUUAUCCAAAGGCAAAAGUACUAAUAUCUGUAACGAUUAGGAACCCUAAUACAUUUGCAGAUUUUCUGUGUAGGUGCCAGCAGAGAGGAUGGCGAUUCACGGUGAUCGAGUGGAACGUUCAGCGGGAGCAGGACCAAAAUGGUCCGUUUAUUCAUGCAAUGGCACCAAUGAUAAUAAUCUCUUUAUGUACUGAGCCACGUCAACUAAUGCUGGCCUAA